AUGAAAAAAAGUCUUGCUCUCAUUCGUCGUGCCGCUCUCUCCUCUCAAAAACAACAAGUUUCUGCCUUUAGAGGUGUCGGUGCCACACACAUUCCUUGUUUGACCCAACAAGUGAGAGUAAUGAAUAAUAUUUAUCAACAAUCACGUUUCUUUUCUCAACAUCAAAUAUUCUCCGAAGCAGAGCAGAAACAAGAAACUCCAUCAGCAACAACACCAGCUGCUGAGGGACAUCACUUAUUAAUUGAUUUGGAUGCUAUUCGUUCAACACCAACUGAAGAGAGUUAUCUUGAACAUGUUAGCAAGAUUAUUCAGGAUGGAAAUAGUUUAAUUCAAAAAUUGGAAGGUUCUGCUAGUAAAUUUAAUAUGAAAGGAGAUGAAACACCAUUGACCAAGAUUGCCGGUCAUUCAAUUCCAAAGGAAAUCUGGGAUAUUGUUAAUGCUCUCCUUCAAAGAACAUUUUUAUAUGUUCACAUCUUUUCAAAUGUUGAGAAUGCAAAGAGUGACUUGGAAAAGUUAAAAACCAUGUAUGAAAGAUUAAAUUUGAUUGUCAUUGUCAAUAGUCAACAUGAUGCCAAGAAGGAAAAUGAUGAAACUGAAACUGAAUAUGAAAUGGUUCAACGUUUACAACACACUAUCAAGUUGAUUGAAAAGGAAAAUGAAGUUUAUGAAAUUACAAAUACUCUCAUGGAUUUACAAAGACGUAGUAUGGAAAUUGUUCAACCUACUGAAUUUGAACCAUCAAGCAAUCCUUUGGAAAAUCAAAUUUUGGAAGAAGCUUACAAAAAGCAAGACGCAUCUUUGGAAAAUCCAGGAAUUGAAGAAAUUAGAAUCAAGGUUUUGGAAUUAUUGGAACGUCGUUAUCAUAUUUAUACCGAGUUUGGAAAUGCUAAGGAGGCCCACACUGAUUUGUGUAAUGCUAUUGAACUUUUGGAAGAAGACAUUUUAAAGUUGGAACAAAUUGAAGGAGUUGAUCCUGAAAGAUUGGAAAAGAGAAAAUUAUGGGUUGCUCGUCUCCUUGUUGAUCGUGCUGAAUUGUACUUUACCUUCUUGCACUCACUCUACCAAGGACCUCAAAUUGAGGAAUCUCUCGACAAGUCAUUGACUCAAAAACAAAGAGCUGAAAUUGUUCUCGAAGAUAUUCACAGUAAGAUUACUCAAUUGGCCGAUAUGCUUGGUAUUGAAGAUGAAGAUUUGAAGAAUCCAUCUCAAUCAGCCUCCAAGAAUGUUUCCAUUGUAAAGGCAACCAAAUAUCAAGUUGAAGCUGACAAUAGAAUGAAGAGUGAUCUCCAAGGUGCCAUCAAACAUGAUCCAAAGAUUUCUGAACAUCACACCUCCUUCGCUACCAUCCAAGAUUUCAUGAAAGAAAUUGGAGAUAAGAGAAAGAGAGCUGGUUUCAUUUUGAGAUUUAUCAUCAUCUUCUUUAUCAUUUUUACUGUGGGUAAUAUUGUUUACAUGAAGAGUAAGUCUGAUUCUGAAAAGAAAUAA